AUGAUGCCCCGACGUGGUGGCAAGAGGAUCCGGAUGGAUGAUCCGGUGCCUCCUGAGUAUCAAGAACCGAUGACACCAAUGAACCCAAUGACACCAAUGAUAGAUAACAUCGGUGGAGAUAAUCAAGAUAAUUUUGUGGGGUACUCUGCAUAUAAUCAGGCACCACAGACACCUUCACACACACCGAGGUCAGAGAAUUAUUCUUCAGAAAGUUACAGUUCUCCUAACACCUCUCACCUUCAGUAUCAAGAACAACAACCAAACAAUGACGCUGCUCAAUUUGAACAACCCUUGACACCGGCUGCGUCCAACAUGAGGAUUACUAGAAACACCCGAGCAAGAAUGCGAGGAGGUACUGUUAAUCAGCCUAAAUAUCGUGAAGUAGAUACUGAUUAUGUUCCAACACAACCACUUCGAGGACGAGGUGGUGGUACAAGAGGUCGUGCAAAGCGGAUUCCAAAUACUUCAAACACUGAGGAUGAAGCUAGUCUUUAUUAUAUAAUUAAAAAUAAUCGCUCGACACUUACUAAUAUUGUCGAUGAUUGGAUUGAAAAAUACAAGAUGACUCGUGACAGUGCACUUCUUAUGUUGAUGCAAUUUUUUAUAAACGCCAGCGGAUGUAAAGGACGGAUUACAUCAGAUAUGCAAGCUAACAUGGAACACGUGGCUAUUAUCCGUAAAAUGACAGAAGAAUUCGAUGAAGAAAGCGGAGAAUAUCCUUUGAUAAUGACAGGACAGCCUUGGAAAAAAUUUCGGGCUAACUUUUGCGAAUUCGUUCAAAUUCUUGUACGUCAAUGUCAGUAUUCGAUAAUUUAUGAUCAAUUUUUAAUGGAUAAUGUCAUAUCUUUAUUAACUGGUUUGUCAGAUUCACAAGUACGAGCUUUUCGUCAUACUGCUACUUUAGCAGCUAUGAAAUUAAUGACAGCACUUGUUGACGUUGCUCUAACUGUUUCUGUCAAUCUUGAUAACACUCAACGUCAAUACGAAGCUGAAAGACAAAAAACUAAAGAGCGUAGAGCUAAUGAUCGUUUAGAAUCGCUUAUGUCUAAAAGAAAAGAACUUGAAGAGAAUAUGGAUGAAAUAAAAAAUAUGCUUACUUAUAUGUUUAAAUCUGUUUUUGUACAUAGAUAUCGAGAUACAUUACCGGAAAUUCGUGCGAUUUGUAUGGCAGAAAUCGGAGUAUGGAUGAAAAAAUUUCAUCAAAAUUUUUUGGAUGAUUCUUACUUAAAAUACAUUGGCUGGACAUUACAUGACAAAGUCGGAGAAGUUAGAUUAAAAUGUUUACAAGCUUUACAGCCACUUUACGCUUCGGAGGAGCUCAAAGCAAAACUUGAAUUGUUUACAAGUAAAUUCAAAGAUCGAAUUGUCGCAAUGACUCUUGACAAAGAGUACGAUGUCGCAGUUCAAGCUGUUAAACUUGUGAUAUCUAUUUUAAAGCACCACCGUGAAAUUUUAUCUGACAAAGAUUGUGAGCACGUUUAUGAGCUUGUAUAUUCAUCUCACCGAGCGGUAGCUCAAGCUGCUGGUGAAUUUUUAAACGAGCGAUUAUUCACUCAAGACGAAGAAGCAGUAGCUGGUGUAAAAACCAAGAGAGGCAAGAAGAGACUUCCCAACACUCCACUUAUUCGCGAUUUAGUUUUAUUUUUCAUCGAAUCUGAGUUGCAUGAGCACGGUGCUUAUCUUGUGGAUUCGCUUAUUGAAACUAAUCAAAUGAUGAAAGACUGGGAAUGUAUGACUGAUCUACUAUUGGAGGAAGCGGGGCCAGAAGAAGAAGCUCUUGAUAAUCAAAAAGAAACAUCAUUGAUUGAGCUGAUGGUCUGUUGUAUUAAACAAGCGGCAACUGGUGAAGCUCCAGUUGGACGUGGACCUACGCGUAAAAUUUUAUCUACUAAAGAACAAAAACAGGUUCAAGAUGAUAAACAAAAAUUAACAGAACAUUUUAUUGUUACGCUUCCGCUUUUGCUUGAUAAGUACAGCGCUGAUCCGGAAAAAUUAGCGAAUUUAUUGUCCGUACCUCAGUAUUUUGAUCUUGAUAUUUAUACUAAAUCCCGACAGGAGAAAAAUCUUGAAACAUUGCUUGAAAAAAUUCAUGUGAUUGUUGAAAAAACGCAUGACAAUGAUGUUUUGGAUACUGCUGCUAAAACUUUAGAGCACAUGUGCGUUGAAGGCAAUGCAAUAUUUACUAAAUGUGAUAUUUCACGGUCAACACUCAUUGAUACUAUUGUUAAUAGAUAUAAUGAAGUGAUUGAUGAUUAUAGAAAUUUAAUAGAAGGCGCUGAAAUUCCAAAUGAAGAUGAGAUCUUUGAUGUUGUGCAUUCUUUGAAAAAAAUUGCUAUUUUUUACAGUUGUCAUAAUAUGAAUGGUAAAAAAAUUUGGAAUUCACUUUAUCGUGAUAUUGAGGACGCAAAAGAUGUAUCUAAAAAUUUUCCUGAAGAAGCUGGAAAGUACGCGAUUAGCGCGUGUUUUUUUGCUAUUCUUUGGGGCCAAAAUCAACUUAUGGAAGCUGGUGACAUGGGUAAGCGCGGCGAGGAAGAAGCUGCGCAAUUACACGACCAGCUGAUGGCUUUCAUGGACUCUAUGCGUUAUUUUGUUGCUGGUGAGGGCAAUCGUGUAGCUAUUUUACGUGAAGAAGCAUACAAUACUAUUUGUGAUAUGCUCGUUAUGUUUUGUUCUCAAUUAACAUCUCAAGCAAAUGUUUUGCUGCAUCAGCUUGUCUACGAAGCGGAUCCUAUUAUGCAAAAUAUGCUCAAUCAAUUUAUUCAAGAGUACGUUUUUGUUGAAGAAGAAGAUGAUGAGCAUGAUGAACAUUCUAAAAUUGAAGAGCUUCAUAAAAGAAGAAAUUUUCUUGCUGGUUAUUGUAAACUUAUAGUGUAUAAUAUAAUUCCUACUAACGCUGCCGCGGAUGUUUUUAAACAUUAUGUAAAAUACUACAACGAUUAUGGUGAUAUUAUCAAAACAACGUUGGGCAAAGCACGAGAUAUUAAUAAGACUACUUGUGCAUUGACAAUGCAAUUGAGUUUGAAUACUCUUUACAACGAAAUCUUAGCUGAAAAGGAUAAAGUCAAUAAAAAUAGUGAAGAGUUUACCGCUAUUAAAGAACUUGCUAAAAGAUUUGCUCUGUCAUUUGGGCUUGAUGCGAUUAAAAAUCGUGAAGCUAUUACGGCUUUACAUCGAGCUGGAGUUUUCUUUGCUAUCACACCACCGGAUGGUGUUGAAUUGGAUCCUACAGGACCACCACCGAAUCUUCCGUAUCUUGAAAUUCUUGCUGAAUUUACAAAUAAAUUGUUGAAACAAGAUAAACGUCUAGUAUUGAAUUUCUUGGAUAAAAGAUUACCUGCUGGAAUGCCUUCCUCACGUGGAGAAGACUGGCAGCCACUUUUAUUAUACCGAAACAGUUUAUUGCACGGAGAAACAGAUCAGGUACCUGUAACGAGUAAGCGAGCUUAUACAAGACGUAAAAAGGAUCAGUUAGCAGAAGAAGAAGAACCAGAAGAAGCUGAUGAUGUUUCAGAUCAUGAAUUCGUGGGCAAGCAGAAAAAGAAAAGGCAGCCUAAAAAAUCUCCACUCAGCAUUACAAAAACUACUAUUUCAAAAACAAAAGCAGCUAGCUUUUUUGAUAAUAGUGAUAUACCUCCAGUUACUCCAGCCUCACCGAUACCAACGAUUGAAGACACUGCUAGUCCGUCACAAGAUGUUGAUGACAGAUUUAAAACAUUGCAAAUACAAAAUAGAGCAGGACGACGCAGUCAGGACCAACAAGAGCCACGAGAACUUCGAAGAACGGCCAGAAAUUCUGGAAGAUAUGCGCCAGGUCAAUACAUGGAAUCUGAUUCCGAGUAG